AUGGCGACCAAGAUGCGGAAAUCGAAAUCCCCCAGUCACGAGCAACUCCACGAUAAAAACACGGAACGCGCCUACAUUGCCGCGUCCAGGAGGGGAGACCGCAGCCUAGACGCCCGCGUCAAGUCAGCGCAGCGGGCCAGCCAGAUCCACAAGGCCAUCACCGGCAAAGCGCUGUACAUCACCAAGGACAUUGUGAAAAACGAGGAAAUGUACGAGGAGAUGGACGACAGGAUCCCUCUGCCGUACCAGUUCAUGGCCCACGGGACGCAGCCCGGGGUCCUUGGCCCGAGCCCCGGCCACGGCAGGCAAGCCCCCCGUUCGCUCCUUGUCCUCGAGAUGGACAAGAUGUGGCGGGACGGUGUCAUCAACCGCCUCUUUGAGCAGUCAUUCACCCGGGCAGACGGCGAGGCAGGCGAACUGUGGGUGUUUCCAAAGCACAGCCACCAGCCGCACGAGCAGACUCGGCAGAGACUACAGCAUCACGCCCAGCGGCCACGGGCUUCGGCAUCGGCUUCGGCAUCGGCUUCGGCAUCGGCAUCGACUUCGGCAUCGGCUUCGGUUUCGGCUUUGGUUUCGACUUCGACUUUGACUUCGGCUCCCGAAUCCAGCGUUGGUGGGCGUCGGGAACCAGCACCGGCACCGCCAGGCUCCCACGCCGCUGUACUGGACGGCAAGGCAUGCCGCAAGAGGAAGCGGCUGGACGACGAGAUUUGGAAAAGAGCCCUGCCGGUGCGUAGGAGCUCCUGCGCGCACCAGGGCGGCCUGUCGCCCGCACCGGCCGCCACAGCUGCGUAUGCGAGCCCCUCGUCGCCUGGGGAUGGCGCCCACGUCUUUCCCGUGUACCGAGUAGAUGCGGCGGCGGCCGAGAGCGACGUGGGCACUAUCGACGACGUUGAGAGUGGAGACAAGAGGGAGAAGUCGGAGGAGACGGAGGAGAUGGAGGAGACGGAGGAAACGGAGCCGCCUGUCGAGGCGUCGGGAAGCGGGGUUUCUGCGGAAAUCGAGGCUUCCGCGUGGAGAAUCAUCGAAAAGGAAGCAAUGGACGAGGGGAUGGAUGCCCAGAGCUGGAUGGACGUGCUGGAGUACUACAGCUUGGCGUGA